GCCGGCGCCGCAGCGGCGCUGCUGCUGGUUGGUCCGCACGUGGGACCGCUCCUGGUCACGUUGACCCGGGCCCCUUGGACCCUCCAGCUUGGUCCAUCCCGGGAUUGGACGCCCGCCAUGGCGGCAACUGCGGCGGAGACGCGCGUGUUUCUGGAGGUGCGGAGACAGCUGCAGAGCGCGCUGCUGAUCCUGGGAGACCCGAAAGAAGGAGCUAUGCCCCUGGAUAUUUCCAUAAUGCCAUCUUCACUCCAGGUGAAAACCCCUGAAGGCUGCACAGAAAUCCAACUUCCAGCAGAGGUCAGGCUUGUACCUUCCUCUUGCCGUGGGCUGCAGUUUGUUGCUGGAGAUGGACUGCACCUGCGGCUGCAGGCACAGGUAGAAUUAGGCACAAAACUGAUUUCAGUGUUUAAUCAAUGCUUACAAGCCCAAGAAUGUUGCACAUUUUAUUGCCAAUCCUGCGGUGAAGUCAUAAUAAAAGACAGGAAGCUGCUCAGGGUGCUUCCACUGCCAAGUGAGAAUUGGGGAGCUCUAAUUGGAGAAUGGUGUUGUCAUCCCGACCCCUUUGCUAAUAAACCCCUUCAUCCGCAAGAGGAGGACUGUUUUAUUGGAGACUCUUUCUUCUUGGUGAAUUUAAGAACCAGUUUGUGGCAGCCAAGACCUGAACUAUCCCCCAUGGAGCUGUGCUGUGUUUCUUCUGACAACCAUUGUAAAUUGGAACCAAAGGCAAAUACCAAAGUAAUUUGUAAGCGUUGCAAGGUGGUGUUGGGAGAGACCGUGUCAUCAGAAACUACCAAGUUUUAUAUGACAGAGAUCAUUAUUCAGUCAUCUGAGAGACGUUUUCCCAUCAUGCCAAGGUCUCAGUUUGUCCAGAGCGUGAUUGCCCAGUGUCUGGUGCAGCUCUCCUCUGCUAGAAGCACUUUUAGAUUCACGAUUCAAGGUCAGGACAACAAAGUGUAUAUCUUGCUAUGGCUUUUAAAUUCAGACUGUUUGCUGAUUGAAUCUUUGAGAAAUUCCAAAUAUAUCAAAGCAUUCCCCUUGUUGGAAGACACAUUGAAAGCACAUUCUGGUUCUGCCUGGAGUGCUGUCAAGGUCCUCUACCAGCCAUGCAUCAAAAGCAGGAAUGAAAAACUUCUCAGCUCGUGGGAAAGUGACAUCAGCGUCCACCCCCUAACCCUGCCCUCUGCAACCUGCUUGGAGCUGCUUUUGAUAUUAUCGAAGAGUAAUGCCAAUCUGCCUUCAUCCCUUCGCCAUAUGAAUUCCUUUCAGGUGGCCUUUUUGAAGAUGUAACUGUUGGAGCUGGGCAUUCUCCUCCCCCGACAGACAGCUCUCAAGCAGGAGCACACCGAGGCUGGCAGUCUGCUCAGGGGGCAUCGAAUACAAAGACAAGAACCAGAGCUAUGGGUUGAGAGCAUUACAUUGAAGUUUUAAGUUUACUUGUUUGCAUAUAUUCUCUAAGAGAAGAGUUAACUUUAGAUCUUUGAAAAUCCAGGACUGUGAAGAAAGUCUUAGUAGCAGGUUGAGGCAAGUAUAGAAGUUACAUCUCUAUUUCCCACUGAGAGGAGUAUUCACAUAUGUGCUUUGUCAGCACCACCUGGAAGGUUAGUAGCUAAUGGAGACCCAUCUGUCCUGUGGAAUCCAUUGAGGAAUUUUAUUGGUGGAACUGAAUGUUAACUGCUAUAAAUCCUAGGAAAUAAACUUUUAAAGAGUUUCUCAGGAUCAUUUAAAACAAAUAGAAAACAUUUUAUGCUUUAUUCAGAGGGGAUGCUCAGUAGAUGUGUGUUGAAUGAUUUGCAAAGGUUUUCCCAUUUAUGCAAAUCUGCAUGUUUCUUUUGUUCUUUAUUUCCUUUACCAUACACUAUUGCAAAUUAAUAAAUAUACCUCAC